CGCAAUGGAUGCGGGGCGGGUUGGUGACGUCACGGAAGGACAAAUUCAUUAGGUCUGGAGGACGUUCGUUCUCUAAGAGCCGGUGAGGGCUGAGUGAGCGCCAUCUUCUAGCUGCAGAAAUGUACUCCUCCGUUGCACAGCUCGCCCGGGUAAACCCGUUCAGUGCACCACACUUCCAGUUGGGACAGGAUUGUGUGACCUCUAGAAAGAGUAACACUUCCCAGGUCCCCCCUGUCCGCCACCUUGCUGCUGCUGCCACUGUUGAAGGUGAAAACAGUUGUGAAUAUGGCUCAGCACAGUUCUAUGCAGUAUGUGGCUUUGGUGGCAUCCUCAGUUGUGGUUUAACCCAUACUGCAGUUGUACCUCUGGAUUUGGUGAAAUGCCGCAUUCAGGUGGAUCCCAAAAAGUAUAAAAGCAUAUUCAAUGGCUUUUCUGUAACACUUAAGGAAGAUGGUGUCCGUGGCCUUGCUAAAGGUUGGGCUCCAACCUUUAUAGGAUACUCCAUGCAAGGAUUAUGCAAGUUCGGAUUCUAUGAAGUUUUCAAAGUCUUGUAUGCUAAUAUGUUAGGGGAGGAAAAUACUUACUUGUGGCGCACAUCUCUGUACCUGGCUGCAUCUGCCAGUGCUGAGUUCUUUGCUGAUAUUGCACUUUGUCCAAUGGAAGCUGCUAAGGUGCGCAUCCAAACACAGCCAGGAUAUGCAAACACACUGCGGGAAGCGGCCCCUAAGAUGUAUGCUGAAGAAGGAAUUUGGGCGUUCUACAAAGGCGUUGCUCCUCUUUGGAUGAGGCAGAUUCCAUACACAAUGAUGAAGUUUGCUUGCUUUGAGCGUACAGUUGAGGCCCUCUAUAAGCACGUUGUACCUAAGCCACGAAGCGAAUGUUCAAAAUCUGAGCAAUUGGUAGUGACCUUUGUUGCUGGUUAUAUUGCUGGUGUGUUCUGUGCCAUCGUCUCCCAUCCUGCUGAUUCGGUGGUUUCUGUGUUGAACAAGGAAAAGGGAAGCACUGCCCUUGAAGUUCUUAAGAGACUUGGACCAAAAGGAGUCUGGAAGGGGCUAACCGCUCGUAUUAUCAUGAUUGGUACUUUAACUGCUCUGCAGUGGUUCAUCUAUGACUCUGUGAAGGUCUACUUCAGACUUCCUCGUCCUCCUCCCCCAGAGAUGCCAGAAUCCUUGAAGAAGAAACUUGGCCUGACCCAGUAAACAAUGGGACUUGAAUAUUGAAAACCUAAAUGACACUUUACGCUAACAAGUUUUAUAAAUUCAACCAUAUAGGAUUUACCAUUUUUCUCAGAUGUAAUUAUUGGUUGUAUGUUCACUCUUGCUUGGUAGCACACACUUGUAACUAUGGUUUUACAGCUGUACUGUAUGUAUCUGUUUUAAUAAACAGAAAUCUAGUAAAUUUAAAGAAUUAA